AUGCAGCCAUCCGUCGGACAAGGCUAUUGUGGCCCUUCGGCGCCCUUCCACCGCCGGAGGGACAACAACGACGGGGACAACACGGAUGGCGACCGUGGUGCAGCAGGACAGGGCGUCCACGUGUAUAAGGUGGUCGUCCGGCAUCAAUUCGGCCGCGCGAUCGCCGUGCUCUGCCUCGUGGCCGUCCUGGUCGCGCCCGCGCUCGCCGUGCCGGGAGGCGGCGGCGACGACGGCUGCGAGGCCGAGUCGGCCGGGCGCGACAAGGCCCAGGCGCUGCGGCUCAAGAUCAUCGCCAUCUUCUGCAUCCUCGCGGGGAGCGCGGUCGGGGCGGGCCUGCCGUCCCUGGGGCGCCGGUUCCCCGCGCUCCGGCCGGAGACGGACCUCUUCCUCGCCGUCAAGGCCUUUGCGGGCGGCGUCAUCCUCGCCACCGGGAUGGUGCACAUCCUGCCGGCGGCCUUCGAGGCGCUGCGGUCCCCGUGCCUCGUGGGCGGGCCGUGGAAGCGCUUCCCGUUCGCCGGGCUGGUCGCCAUGCUCGCCGCGGUCGCCACGCUCAUCGUGGACACCGUCGCCACGGGGUACUUCCACCGGACGAACGCCAAGCGGGCCGCCGCCGUCACCGACGAGCCGGCGCAUGACGACCCGGAAUCCGCCCCCGACGGGCACCACGGGCACGCGCACGGCAUGUCGAUGCUCGCCUCCCCGGACAACGGCGACGAGCUCGUGCGCCACCGCGUCAUCUCGCAGGUGCUGGAGCUGGGCGUGGUUGUCCACUCGCUGAUCAUCGGCAUGUCGCUGGGCGCCUCCGACUUCCCGAGCACGGUGCGGCCGCUGGUGCCGGCGUUGACGUUCCACCAGCUCUUCGAGGGCAUCGGCCUCGGAGGCUGCAUCGUCCAGGCCAAGUUCCGGCUCAAGUCGGUGGUGGCGAUGGGGCUGCUCUUCUCGCUGACGACGCCGGCGGGGAUCGGCGUGGGCAUCGCGAUAUCCUCGGUGUACGACGAGAGCAGCCCGACGGCGCUGGUGGUGCAGGGGCUGCUGGAGGCGGCCGCGGCGGGGAUCCUGGUGUACAUGGCGCUGGUGGACAUCCUGGCCGAGGACUUCAGCAAGCCCAGGGUGCAGAGCAGGGCGCGGCUGCAGCUCGCGCUCAACGUCUCGCUGCUGCUCGGGGCCGGCCUCAUGUCGCUGCUCGCGGUCUGGGCCUGACCCGACCGCUCACGAAAGAUGAUCACCUUCUGGACUGAACUGUUUAGGGGGCUGACCUUGGUAGGCAAUCAGUAGUAGGCCGGAGCUCAAAGUUUGGACUUUGGAAUACAAGGCUGCCGAGCUACCACACACUGAUUGCUGAUGAGCGGUCGUUAGCGCAGAGCCGAGUUUUUUUUUCUUUGUUCUUUUCUUUUUUGAGAAAAAGCGAAAUGCAGAGUUGUGAAAGAUUCCCCUCGAAUAUAAUCCAGUU